AUGGUUAGAGAGAUUAAUGACAUCCUCACAAGAAGAAAAUUUGAGGAUCACUGUGAUAACAAGAAAGCAUUUGAGGAUCACUGUGAUAACAAGAAAGCAUUCGAGGAUCACUGUGAUAACAAGAAAGCAUUCGAGGAAUCGCGGAUAAAGCUGGAGCCGCUACAAGAUCCCAAGCAAUUGAAGGCUCCGCCCGCCUCCGCCUCCUCCAACGGUCAGAUCCGGUACCGGUCGCCGUCCUCAGCCGAGCUCUUUGACGGCCAGACCAGCAGUAACUCCCCGCCGUCGCACGCUGCUGAUCAGCACUCCUCGGAGUUCGAAUCCAGCAAAAUGCUGAAGCGCAUCGGCCGCCAGGAGUCACUCGCUGACAAGAUCUACCGGUUCCGAGGGACGGUGCUCGUCGUCUCGAUCCCUCUCCUUCUCAUUGUGUUCGUCCUCUACGUCAUGCCGUCCAGCUCCUCCAAUGAGUCCGCCGGAGACUACGCCCUCGUCAACCGCAAAAUAUCCCCCGACAAAAAAUCCGGAGGAUCCUACGCCGUCAUCUUCGACGCGGGCAGCUCCGGCAGCCGCGUCCAUGUUUUCCAUUUCGAUCAAAACCUAGAUCUCGUUCACAUUGGCAAAGAUCUUGAGCUUUUCGUCCAGCUUAAACCGGGUUUGAGUGCGUACGCUCAGGAUCCGCAAAAGGCAGCGGAAUCUUUGGUUCCGCUUUUGGAUAAAGCGGAGGGUGUUGUUCCUCGUGAAUUGCGAUCCAAGACACCAGUUCGAGUUGGGGCAACUGCGGGUUUGAGGGCUUUGGAAGGAGAUGCAUCAGAUAGGAUAUUGCAAGCGGUAAGGAAUUUGCUUACGGACAAGAGUAGCCUGAAAUCUGAGACUGAUGCAGUUACAGUGCUGGAUGGAACACAAGAAGGUGCUUAUCAAUGGAGGUGGCACAUCGCUUCAGUGUGUGGAUGUCAUGUGCUUCGUGAGCCGGGCAAAGAAGCAGCACUUGGCGUGGAAUCUGCCUCCAUGACCACAGCUGAUCCCAAAAAUGCUAUUGCUGAUACUGGGAUAGCGGGAGGAUAUACUAUAUAUGGCUCUCUUGGAUUCACUCAGUACCUCCUCAGCAGCUAUUCUGCCUACUGUUUGGUCUGCUACAUUUCUGUAAACUGUUCUGCUAUGGUAGCUCCCGUAGUCACGAUCAACUAUCUAUUGGGAAAUUUGGGAAAAGAUUAUUCUAAGACUGUUGGGGUAGUUGAUCUUGGAGGUGGAUCUGUUCAAAUGGCUUAUGCCAUCUCAGAGACAGAUGCCGCCAUGGCUCCAAAAUUAGCAGAUGGAGGGGAUCCAUAUGUCAAGGAGAUGUUCCUGAGGGGAAGGAAAUACUACCUCUAUGUUCACAGUUACCUGCACUAUGGUUUACUAGCUGCUCGUGCAGAGAUUUUAAAGGUUUCUGAUGAUGCUGAAAACCCUUGUAUCUUGUCUGGCUAUGAUGGAUCCUACGUAUAUGGAGGAAAGUCGUUUAAGGCUUCAUCUUCCUCAUCAGGAGCAAGCAUAAGUGAAUGCAAAAGUGUUGCUCUUAAGGCUCUUAAAAAUGAGUCAUCAUGUACUCAUAUGAAGUGUACUUUUGGUGGGAUAUGGAAUGGUGGAGGAGGUGAUGGACAGAAGAAUCUUUUUGUUGCAUCUUUUUUCUUUGACCGGGCUGCUGAGGCUGGUUUUGCUGAUCCAAACUUGCCAGUUGCGAUAGUUCGUCCUGCAGAUUUUGAGGAUGCUGCUAAGCAGGCCUGUCAAACAAAACUUGAGGAUGCCAAAUCGACUUAUCCACAUGUUGAUGAGGGGAACCUUCCCUAUCUUUGCAUGGAUCUGAUUUACCAGUAUACACUGCUUGUUGAUGGGUUUGGCAUAUAUCCAUGGCAAGAAAUUACAUUGGUGAAGAAAGUUAAAUACGAUGAUGCCCUCGUUGAGGCAGCAUGGCCCCUAGGCAGCGCCAUUGAAGCUGUAUCAUCUACGUAA